AUGUCGGAGAACGCCGUUAAACAGGGCCUGGAACACAGCAGGGGCAUUGGUCAGUCCGAAUGGUGUCACCAGUUGUCUGUCGUGCUGAUCGGGGUUGUGGUGGCAGUUUUAAUUGGCAUUGUAGUGCUCUUUAUCUAUAGAAUAUACAAACACAGUGGACAGCAGGCUGUUCCCCGCUGUCUCUUCAGGAAGAGAGACAAGGUGCUCUUCUACGGCAGGAAGAUAACGAGGAAGGUCCAGACCCUGUCCUCCCCUCUGUCCUCUACCCGAGUGUCCAAGCAGUGCCCUCGGAAGAGACCCAAAGUCCUGAGUAUAGCUCACAGGAUCCUGCGUAUCCGUAAGGAGCUCCCCACCCUUCAGGCCAAGGAGCCCCCUCCAUCCCCACUGGAGGCCGACCUGACUGAGUUUGACGUGCACAACUCCACUCUCCACUCUCACACACUGUUGUCUCCCUCUGCUCUCAGGGUGCUUGGCCACUUUGAAAAGUUCCUGGAGCUGUGUUGUCACAUGGUUGUGGAGCUACAUGAAGGGGAGGGGCUGUUCCGGCUGGGAGAUGAUUACAAUAGAAUCUACGUGGUCCAGGACGGACGUCUCUUUCUGUGUGCGGUACAGGAUGGUACAGAGCCAGUUGUGAAGGACGUGCUCCCGGGGGACAGUGUUCAUAGCCUACUCAGUAUUCUGGACAUCAGAUGGAGUGGAAAUAUAGUCUCAUCCCAAAUGGCACCCUAUUCCCUUUAUAGUGCAAUACAUUUGGCCAUAGGGCUGUUGUCAAAAGUAGUGCACUAUAUAGGGAUUUGGCUGUCAUUUUGGAUAAGACUUUUUCUCCGCUCCAUCUGA